AUUGGCUGCCGGGUUGACGCCUUUUGCUCUCUGUCCUGAAGCGGCGAAGUGAAGGUGAACCCCAUAGAAACCGGCCUGUCUCUCUCUCUGCCCGUCUCUGGAAACGUCCUCUCCCGGUCUCCUCCUUCUGCACCGGGAUUAUCUGCGUUGCCCUGAGCCAUGUCCAUAUUCAGCGAUGUCCCACUGGCUCCUCCGGUAGCGGUUUUUAAACUGACUGCCGAUUUCAGGGAGGACAGCAACCCGCAGAAGGUGAACCUGGGAGUUGGAGCUUACCGUACCGACGACUGCCAGCCCUGGGUGCUGCCAGUGGUGAAGAAGGUGGAGCGGAUGAUCGUGGAGGACGGCAGCCUGAACCACGAGUACCUGCCCAUCCUCGGACUGCCCGAGUUCCGCUCCGCCUCCUCCAUGGUUGCCCUGGGCAACGACAGCCCCGCCAUCAAGGAAAACAGGGUGGGAGGGGUCCAGGCUCUCGGAGGGACAGGUGCGCUGAGGAUCGGGGCAGAGUUCCUGAGGCGUUGGUACAACGGCGUCAACAACACGGCCACGCCGGUCUAUGUCUCCGCGCCCACCUGGGAGAACCACAACAGUGUGUUUGCUGAUGCUGGCUUCAAAGACAUCCGGCCCUACCACUACUGGGACGCUGCUAACAGGGGCCUAGACCUCGCUGGGCUCCUGGAUGACCUGGAGAAAGCUCCGGAACGCUCCAUCUUCCUCCUCCACGCCUGCGCACACAACCCCACCGGCACGGACCCGACCCAGGACGAGUGGAAGAAGAUCGCCGAGAUCAUGAAGAGGAGGAACUUGUUUGCGUUCUUUGACUCGGCCUACCAGGGUUUCGCGUCCGGCAAUCUGGAAAAAGACGCCUGGGCCAUCCGCUACUUUGUCUCUGAGGGCUUUGAGCUCUUUAUAGCUCAGUCCUACUCCAAAAACUUCGGUCUUUACAAUGAGAGAGUUGGCAACCUGACCCUCGUUGCCCAGGACAGCGAGAGCCUGAGCCGCACCCUGUCCCAGAUGGAGAAGAUUGUCAGGACGACCUGGUCCAACCCGCCGUCUCAGGGAGCACGCAUCGUCAGCAAGACCCUCAACUGCCCCGAGCUCUUCGCCGAGUGGAAGGGUAAUGUGAAGACCAUGGCAGAACGUGUCCUUUUGAUGAGGGAUCAGCUGAAGUCCAAGCUGCAGGAUCUGGGCACCCCAGGGACCUGGGACCACAUCACGCAGCAGAUUGGCAUGUUCAGCUUCACCGGCCUGAACCCCAAACAGGUGGAGUACAUGAUCAAAGAGAAGCACGUGUACCUGAUGGCCAGCGGCCGCAUCAACAUGUGCGGCCUGACCACCAAGAACAUCGACUAUGUCGCCCAGUCCAUCCACGACGCAGUCACCAAGGUCCAGUAAAGGCUGCCCCCCUCCGCCUGCCUCCUGCACUGUACACCACAGGAGGUUCUCACCAUGUCUGUGCCCUUGUACUCCUCCCCUGCCUAUCCCGGCCUCCGAUUGGUUGAACUGCAGCAGGGAUUCAGCAGUUGAACCAAUGGGAGGACGGAUAUUCUUUUUUUUUUCUGUUCUCACAUGAAGGUAUGAAACUAUCGGAGGUGCAAUGAUUUUAGGAAGACACUGAAACGCACAAAAGCUUAGGGAUCUGCUUGUCAGCAGAGCUCCAUGCCAGAAUGGUUUAAAAGUAAAAAAAAAAAAAAGAAAGUCCUUUUAUUCAGGUCCUUGCAUUUUUAGCCUGUUUUUGUGCAAUUUCAAUCAUUUCUGUUCACAGGAGACCACUUGAAUUUUUGCUUUCUCUGUCAGGGUUUCUCCCCGUAAAAGUUGUUUAGCCUGGUGGCAAGUGUCUCAACGAGGGCCCGGGUGGGGCCGGAUCCAGACUGAUGGAGCAUCAAUGUAGAGCCCAACAGUUUCUGUGAUACCGAAUAAUUGAC